UCCCCUGCAGCCGCGGGGGUCACGUCUUGCGGUGCUUCUGGAGCCCCAAGUCAGUUCUGGCUGGCCUCCAGAAGAACUGGGAUUAUAGAUGUGAGCACCAGAGCCCGGCCUCAGGAGCUUCUUGUUCCAACACACACAAUCUCGAUCACCUUCUGUGCGAUAUUUCCAAAGAAAGAGGAGGAAGAGGGUGCCCCCCCUCCCCAGCUGCAGACACCAGGAAGGAAAUUCCUCCCCAGCCAGCAAUGGUUUCCCAGGGCUCCUCGCCCUCCUUGCUGGAGGCCCUGAGCAGCGACUUCCUGGCCUGUAAGAUCUGCCUGGAGCAGCUGCGCAUGCCCAAGACGCUGCCCUGCCUGCACACCUACUGCCAGGACUGCCUGGCCCAGCUGGCCGAGGGCGGCCUUGUGCGCUGCCCGGAGUGCCGGGAGACCGUCCCCGUGCCGGGCGCUGGCGUGGCCGCCUUUAAGACCAACUUCUUUGUCAAUGGGCUCCUGGACCUGGUGAAGGCGCGGACGUGCGGGGACCUGCGGGCCGACCGGCCGUCCUGUGCCCUCUGCCCGCUGGUAGGGGGCGCGAGCGCGGGGGGCCCAGCCACCGCCCGCUGCCUGGACUGCGCCGAUGACCUGUGCCAGGCCUGCGCCGACGGCCACCGCCGCACCCGCCAGACGCACGCGCACCGCGUGGUGGACCUGGUGGGCUACCGGGCUGGCUGGUACGACGAGGAGGCCCGGGAGCGCCAGGCCGCCCAGUGUCCCCAGCACCCGGGCGAGGCGCUGCGCUUCCUGUGCCAGCCCUGCGGCCAGCUGCUGUGUCGCGAGUGCCGCCUGGACCCGCACCUGGACCACCCGUGCCUGCCCCUGGCCGAGGCCGUGCGCGCCCGCAGGCCCGGCCUCGAGCAGCUGCUGGCGGGCGUGGAUGCCAACCUCGCCGGCCUGGAGGCCACCAGGGAGGCAGAGAAGGCCGCCCUGGCCCGGGUGAAGGAGCAGGCGGCCAGGGUGGGCAGCCAGGUGGACGAAGCCGCCGAGGCCAUCCUCCGGGCUCUGCUGGCCCAGAAGCACGAGGUGCUGGGGCAACUCCGGGCUCACGUGGAGGCUGUGGAGGAGGCUGCUCGAGAGAGGCUGGCCAAACUGGAAGGCCAAGAACAGGUGGCCAGGGCGGCGGCCACAUUUGCCCGGCGGGUGCUCAGCCUGGGGCGAGAGGCGGAGAUCCUAUCUCUGGAAGGGGCGAUUGCCCAGAGGCUCCAACAACUCCAAGACGGCCCCUGGUCCCCGGCGCCAGCUUCCUGCCCGCUGCCCCGGCUGACACUGCACCCGGGGGUCCGGGAUAAGAACUGUCACCUGCUCAGCCUUUCUUUCGAGAAGCAAGAGGGCCAGGAUGGCGACGAAGAGCAAGCCGGUGCUCAGGGAGAGGACGGAACUCAGAGCCAGGGAGAAGACGAUGGAGCCAGCCAGGAGAGACAAGAUGGAGGCCAGACACCCCCAGAAGACAGAGCCCAGACACCCCAAGAAGAUGAGCGAGCCCACACUCCCAGAGGGGACAGAGCCCAGACACCCCAAGAAGGUGGACGAGCCCGAAUAGAAAGAGGCAGUGGCCAGCCCACCAAGAAGAAAAGAAGCCGAGGCCGACACAAGUUAGCCUCCCGGGAGCCCAGCCCCGCCCUGGGCCCCCAGCUGGAAGGUUCUGGCCUUCUCCCCCGGCCUGUCUUCGUCUGCAGCUUCCCCACGCGAAUGCCGGGGGACCCGUGCGCCCCCCGCAUCACGGGGCUCUGUGCCUUUGGUCCUCAGGAGAUCCUGGUGGCCGAUGAGCAGAACGGACGUCUAAAGCGCUUCUCCCUCAAGGGCGACUACCGAGGCCAGGUGCCCGUGCCCGAGGGCCAGUUCCCCUGCAGCGUGGCCGCCCUGCGGGACGCCGUGGCCUUCUCCACCAACGCCCGGCUGUACCUCAUCAGCCACGAUGGCAAAGUGCGGUGGCGCCGGGCUGUGAGCCACACACAGUCCAGCCACGCAGUGGCCGCGCUGCCCAGCAGGGACCGGGUGGCUGUCACCGUGGGCAGCCACGUGGAGGUCUACAAUGAAGAAGGCAGCCUAGCCACGCGGUUUAUCCCUGGCGGCAAGGCCCAGCGUGGCCAGCGGGCCCUGGUAUUCCUAGCCACCAGCCCACAGGGCCAUUUUGUGGUGUCCGACUGGCAGCAGAAGAGCGUGGCUGUGUGCGACGCGCUGGGCCGCGUGGCUGGGGAGUGCCAGGGGCCUGGCCUGCAGGGCUGCCAGCCGGGCUCCGUGGCCGUGGACAAGGACGGCUUCAUCUUCCUGACCCUUCGCGGAGUGAACCAAGUGGUGAUCCUGGACCCAAAGGGGUCCUAUCUUAGCGAGUUCAUGUCGGCCUACCACGGCCUAGAAAAGCCCAGGGUCAUCAGUGUGGUAGAUGGCAGGUACCUGGUGGUGUCACUCAGUAAUGGAACCAUCCGGGUUUUUCGUAUCCGGUCAGCUGAUAGUUAAGGGGGUGGGGGAGGGCGGGGGAGGCUGGUAGGGCAGGACUGGGCUAGCCUGGGACAUUCUCUCAGGACAGGGCCCGUAGCUACAUGGCCAGCUUUUCUAACAUGCAGAAGUGGGGGACCAAGGGUUGGGGGGCUCCCGGGCAGGGAGGGGCUACAACGCCCCUGGGUCUAUUUGUUGUUUUGUUUUGUUUGUGAGUGACACCUACAAGCUGUGACUGCCACUGUGUAUUUAGGUGUCUGCGUUUCUAGGAACAACCUGUCCGGAUUUGUGUAUUUCAAAGCCAUUCCAAACUAGCUGUGGUAUACAGAGAGUUCAAGGCUAACCUGGGGGACAAAAACCCUAUUUUUUUUUUUUUUUGC